AGCACUGGCACUCUAGUGGGGCAUCAGUAUCUCAGCAUCAGUACUACCAAGCCAACCAACAACCACCAAACCUCAGAAGCCAACAUGAAGUUCUUCCAAGCCGCCGCCCUUCUCUUGGCCAUGUUCGCUGCCCUCGCCAACGCCGAGCCCGUUCCCCAACCUGGAACCGUGCUCAUCCAGACCGACAACACCCAGUACAUCCGCACUGGUUAGGAUUGGAGAACCAUGUUGACCCAAAACAUUUGCCUAUCCAUUUGGACUUUUGAAUAAAAAUUUUAAAAUUA